AUGCCCGUUAACCUGAACGUGAAUAAAUCAACAAAGAAAGCGAGUGCAAGGAAGAAGCAACCGAAGAAGAAAUCAAGCGGGGGGCAUGCAGCCCAAGUUAGCCUCCAGAUGGACUCAGAGUCAGAGAGCGAACUAGUUGAGCAACCCAAGCCUCAGCCCCCAUUGAAUCCGCAAGGAAAAGAAGACUAG